UUUUCAACUUGCAGGCUGUUGCUUUCUCCUUCUGUAAUUUGAAAGGGCUAGGCACGCUCUGAGCUGAGCCUGGCAGGCCGGUUAGGCAGAGGAUCGCUGGCUUUGUGAGCACUAAGGGAGGAACAGAGCUGUUAAAAAGGAGCCCAGCUGUUUGGCACUGCCAGUAGUUAGGCUUUGCAAAAUUGCACAGGACUUUGCUUAUCUACCUUGAAAACCUGCACCUCGCUCUGAUUUAGGAUGCCCCUGGAGAAAGAGAGUUUCCAUCUCAUAUCAGGUGCCACCCUUUUCCACACCUCCUCCCUCCUCCCUAAGUGACUCAGCCUCUGAAGGAGAAGCCUCUUGACUUUGCAGACAGCUGGAUGGAGAACGACAGGACAGCUCUCUGUCUGCUUUAAUUGUAUCUCACUUCCAGGUAUCCCCAGGUUGACAUACCACAGUGGGCCACUCUAGGACAUUGUCUUCUACGACAUAUAGAUCCCAAAGAAAUACACCUCACUGGACAAAAUGUCAGCUUUCAGCAUACGAAAACAGCCUCCUAAACAAAGCGAUAACAAGAGCCCCUCUGUUGCAAUUAAAAGCAGACAACAGGUUAUUCAGGAUAUUAACAAACGACGGACCCUUUUGCAAGAUAACAGCUGGAUAAAGAAAAGAUCUGAAGAGGAAAGUGCUGAUGAAAACUAUGGAAGGGCUGUGCUUAACCAAUACAAAUCCCAAGAUAGCCUACACAGCAGUAGCACAAAUGAAAAGGAAGAUCAGAGAGCUCUGCUUGGACGAUACAGGUCUGAUACUACUUUGGACAGAAUUCCAGCCGGAAGUGAUGUUGAUAAAAUAAAUAAGUUCCCAACUCUGGAUAAUAAACAAAGCAACAGACAAUCUUGGACUCCUACUACAUCAUCCACAAACACUGCUGCCACUUCUCCUAUUAAAAAAAAAAGGCAGUCUUGGAUGCCUCCACCAGUUUCGAGUUGUAAGACCACCACAGAUACAGUGGAAACCAAAGAGACCUCUCCUUCAGAAAAUUCAGAAGUUCCCACAGUGGCUGCCUUUUCAUCAGUACAGGUGACCCCUCAGAAAUCAAAGACUGACACAGAUGACCAAGCUAUAACAAGAGGAAAAGACUUUGAGGAGCUUACUGAAAUAAAUACUGCUGCUCAGAAAAAUGGGAGGCAAGACUGUCAUAAUCUUCUCCUACACACUUUUAAAAUAGAUCAGGACCUUGGUGAUCACACUGAAAUAACGCCUGCUGGUGCCCAAAGUAAAAAGGGGGUAACUGAGCAAGUGUAUGAAAAUGCUCCAAGUGCUCCAAAUAAUCUCCCUACAAACUAUUCUAGCAACAGUGAAAGAAAAUCAAGCUAUAAUACUUCAGCCAGUUGCUCAAAUCCAAGAGACACUGGUGUGUACACAAGGACAUUUGAGGAAAAUAGCAAAUCAUCACAAGGUGCCUAUGAAGAAAAUAUAACUGGAAAUACUAUCAAAACGGUUUACUCUACUUCUGAUCGGAGUAUAAUUGGAAAAGACAUAUGUACAUACUGCAGGAAGCCCUUGGGCAUAGAUGCCAAAAUGAUCUUAGAUGCCUUGCAAAUUUGCUGUCAUUCAGCUUGCUUCAAGUGUGAAAUAUGCAAAAGACCAUUGAAAGAUCUGAAAGCCGGAGACAGCAUUUGGAUUUACAGACAAACCGUACACUGUGAGCCUUGCUAUUCCAAAGUUAGAGAAAAAUGGAUCUACUAAUUUGGACCUAAACAAAGCAAGAUAAAGAAGUUCCACUGGUGUCUAGUUAAGUGUAUUGGUCUAUUAAUUCAAACCGCUAUGGAAAAUGAUCAUUAUUACUAGAACUAAAAUACUCUAAAUGUAGUCCUACUGCAUGGUUCCCAAAGGAAUGAAUUCCAGUAGAAUUUAAAUAUCUGUUUAUAUACACGUUCCAGAAAGCAAAACAAAAUAUUGUUUAGUAUAUUCAUGAGAUGUGUGAAACUGCUAAAUUGUAUGUAAAACUAUAAUAAUGUAUUGAAAUGUUUUGAACAGCAGGAAAUACCUAUACAAAUACCUAACAUAAGUUUUGCAGUGGCUGUAUUCUCUUUACUGAAACCAUGUUUCCUCAGAUAUGAAGAACUGUUAUCUUUAUAUAGCAUGAAUGGGAUUAAUCUCCUCUACAAUUAGCUAUCUAAAAGUCAAUUAUUUAGUUUAAACUACUGGUUUCAUACAGAGUGAAGUGGAUUCCCUCUGUACCGUUGAAGAGAGGUAUCGGUCUCCAGUGGGAGAUUGUUUCCAAGUAACUUCAGUAAUAAUUUUAAGGUCAAACAAGUCAUCUUGGGAAAAUACCUAUCUCUAUUGACUAUAGAGGGAUUCUAGACAAAAAUUAUUAGAAAGUUUAAGUUAGUAGUAUCUCCAUGUUUUUAAUCCUCAAUUACUGUAGUACUAUUUUUAAAAAAAUGCACACUGAAUAGCUGCCAUGAAGUCAUGAAAUAUAUACCUUGCAUGACAUCAUGUAUUAAUCUUUUCUACUUUAUUAAGCUGAAUCUGUAAGUGCCUUGAAUGGGUUCAUCUCAGCUAAAUUCAAACAUCUACAGUGUAGGCAUCUACAUUUAAGUCACCUGUUCUAUUCUGUCUUUAUAGUCAUUACAGAGAAGUAGACAUUUUUAGGAAGUGAUUCAUCUGAUCAAAUUGCAAACAUCUAUUUUACGAUGUGGUAAACCAUGCUCUGAAAUCUGUCUUCCUUUCCAUUGUCUGCCAAUAAACUUGGAGUGAGUAACUGAUUUCUAGACAUCUACAUUAGGCCAGAUGAACUCCUUCCCUGGAGACUACAAUGAAAGCAUUUUUUUUUUCUUUUGGACAGAGUAUAUGUGUUAAAAUACAGAGAUACAAAGAAGAGCUCACGCUUUGUUAUAGUACAAGUUUCCACUACAGUCAAUAGUUGUAUGUCUUAUUUGCCUCAAAUAAUAAAUAGUUCAGGGGUUUACUGGACUAACGGACGUGUUAACUGCUAUCCUCUGCCUUGGGAUGUUUCAGAUAGUGAUAUUCAGAAUUGAUUUUUCUCCCUUUUAUCUCAGCUGAAAAGAGCUUCUUAGAUAUCUAUUUUUGACAGAAUCUAUUUUUCCCCCAAUGGCUGAAAAAAGUAAAGUACACAUUAGCCAAAUGAUUACUCCUCCCCGUAAAGUAACUCUAGAGUAAUGCAGAUUUAGUUCAAAAGGAAAACAGACAUGUAAAUAGAUCUGUUUUUUUUUUCUUGUUACUUAGGAGAUGGUUCAAUUAAUUAUCUAUAACAAACAUAAAUGUGAAAAGAAUGAAGGGGCUACAUAUUCUAGAAAGUGGUGGCCCUAUGGGUUUAAAGUUCACCUUUGCAGUCCUAUGAUCUAGCUGAUUGUGGCUUCCUGGCACAAGAAACAGAAUGCUCCAAGACUGCUGGAAUCUGAGCAGAGUUUAAAAGGUUGAAAAGUAGCAAAGCCACAGAUUAAUGUUAGACUACUGAAAGGCUGUCCCAGCCAAACUUUCUGCCACCUUCUGCACCUGCAGUAGUGGAGACAGGUGGUAUGGAUGUCUGUAAUUUAAACCAUUGGAAUCUCUCCUCAGUAGGGAUGUAAUCUGGGUUGCUUGUCUUAAAUUAUGUUCAGACUGCUACACACGAAGGAGCUGUGAAAGAGCAGAUAAUUUGGUCUGUUAUUUUUUAUGAAAAUUUUUAAGAAUUUAAGGCAGUAGCUUUAAUAAAACAUGUUAUUAUAAACAUUACAAAUAUUUUUCCUGGUGUGUGUCUAUUGCUGAUAAUGUAUUUUAGUUAAACUGUACUGGAUGUUAUCCUGCAUUUCACUAGGCAACAAUGAAACUUCUACAAGAGUUGGAGAGAAUUAGUGGAGAAGGUUUAAUGGUGGGUUGCAAAUUUGGUCCUGUUUAGAGACCAACACUACUUGCUCCUGCUUGACUACAAUAGAAGAUAUUAGGUAUUCAUUUGAGCCAUACCACUAGAAUCCAGGAUUUUCUAGCUUUUGAGGGGAUGUGAUACUGUAGUUCACUUCACUAGAAACCAGGAAAAAACUCUGGAUCCAAGUAUCUCCUACUCAAAUGCUUACUGACAGAAAAGCAGCAAUACAGAAACAUUAAAUAGUAAUUCUGUGCUCAUUAAUUCAUCCUUGCUGUACAGCCUUGAUAAUUUUGCCAUUUUUUUUUAUUUUUUAUUUUUAUUAUAUGUUGUAAGUUUGCUGAAAAGAAACACCAGUUUUGUGAUGCUUGAUAUUUACCAUAUAAAAGCCUGGAUGGCAAUACUCAUUAAAAAAAAAUCAUAUUAACAUCUCAA